AUGGCGAAGCUGGCGUCGUCCUCGACGUUCGCGCUCGACUUCCUGCGCCGCCUCCUGUGCGCACACAGCGCCGGCGGCAGCGCCGACGACCGUCCCGGUUCCGCCGCCGCGGCACGCCACGCGUCCACGCCGGAGACGGAGGAGCCGCCGAGGAGCCCCUGCAUUGUGGCCCGGCUCAUGGGCCUGGACGCGAUGCCGCCCGAGGCGCCGCACGCGCACGCCCAGCCCCAGCCCCAGCCCCAGCCCCAGCGGACGCCCCCGCUGCGGCGGAGCCGCUCCGCGAGCUCGGCGGAGGGGUCGCCGAGCCCCUGGGAGUGGGACCGGGACACGCAGCAGCAGCAGCAGCCGCAGCCGCGGGUGGUCCGCGCGUCCGCGUCGCUGCGGGAGAGGCCGGCGUACCUCAGGCAGGAGAGCGACGAGUUCUUGCUCCUCAGCUUCAGCCCCGAGGACCAGGACCCGGAGCGGGAGCGAGACGUCAGGGAGGAGCUCGACUUCCUGCUCGCCGCCGCCGAGGCCACGGCCUCGAGGCGCGGCGGGAGGGUCAGGUCGGACGCGCCCGGGAGUAAGCAGAGGAGGAACGGGCGCUGCCGCAGGCUGCGGUUCGCCGACGACGAGGCGGAGUCGGCCGGCCGCGUCGUCCUCCGCAGGAGGACGCCGGCCCCGGAGUGCGACGCGCACCACUCGAGCCCGGUGUCCGUGCUGGAGGCGCAUGACGAGUCGUCCACCACCACCACCACCACCUCGUCUUCCUUGGAAGAGGUGGAGCACGCAGAGCCCUGCUCGGCUACCUCAGAUGAACCUCAGACGAUACUGGAACAGCGGAACUCAAGGAGGAAGCUGCAUCCAGAUUUCUUCCAGUUGGACAACCUGUCUCCUCCAAGAAGCUCCUGCCAUGUCUCAAGAUGUUCAGAUAGGGAGAGGAGGAACAGGAGAGUGGUGAACGAAGACGAGGUGAUCACGCCAGAAGUGUCUGGUAUCUGGCAGCCAAUCUGUCGGCUGGUUGAGGAAGAUCUCAAGAACAUGGAAUGGCCAGCUCGGGAUGGUGCAAAUGUUGUUCCCGAGAUAGAGCAUGGCAUCCUUGAGCACCUCAUGUGUGAGAUGGUGGAUGAACUCCUCCGGGGAAUGUCUGAAACUGUACAACAUCCUUUCCCACUCCAAUGCAUUUCCAACAAAAGAUUGGCUGGCAAGAAUGUUCAGACAAGACGCCCUAUCGGGUGCUACUGA